AUGGGUAGAUUAUUCAGGAACGGCAUUUGGAGACCCAAACUGAAUCGCUUAAUUGAUGAGAAAAAUUUCAACAAUUACUAUCGCCGUUUAAAGGUUGGGCUUCUAAAUUCCAGGUCCGUAUGUGGAAAGGCCACGAAGAUUUCAUCAACUAUUGACGAUGAUAAACUAGAUAUGUUGAUAUUUACUGAAACCUGGCAUAAAUCUCAUGAUGACUAUGCACUGCAGAUGUGCAUUCCCUGCUCGGUUUCAAAGUUGGAUGUACCACGCACAGAUUUAGAUGGUCAGUUGAAAAGAGGUGGUGGUUUGGCUAUAAUUUAUAAUGAAUUAAAGUUCAAGUUGAAACAUUAUGAACUCGGUUGUCGGUUCGAAAUAUUUGAAACACUAGCCUGUUUAAUUAAAAUAAGAUCAACUCAAAUGCUGUGUGAAGCAAUUUACGGACCAGGAUCAGUUGCUCCGGAAAAACGAUUUAUAGAUGAAUUUUCCCUUUUGUUGUCCAUGGUGUGCCUACGGGGACAGAGUAUACUGAUUUUAGAAGAUUUCAACAUCCACACAAACGAUAAUCAAUUAGCAUCCAAUUUUAUGGAGCUAGUUUCCUCUUUUGGUAGUUUCAGAGUUUAUGAUGAGCAUUUGGCUCUUUUAAAAAAAGUCGCUGGUGGUAAAAAAAAUCUGCUCCUUGGUUUGAUGACAGUUGUUUCUAUAAAAAACGUUGAGCAAGGCAAUGUGAAAGAAUUUUCAAACGAACUCGGACUGUUUCUGACAUGGAGUCUUGUAGAAAACAAUUAA